CGUGUCUCUUGUACACGUACUGCUUAACUGAGAUGUGUGUAUAUGAGUCAGGGGUCUGAGCCUCAUAAAGUGUAUCAUAUCGGAACAGGUAUCGUUUCAGAAUGAGGGGUACUGUUGUUCUGCUGGUGUUGUUGUUCUGUCUGUCUGGGGCAUGGACUCGGGAGGAGAGUGGAGGGGUCCGAGAGAGUGACAUCACUCAACAGGGACACAGUGCAGGGAGAGAGAGCAGGGUGAGAGAGGUUCAGAUGGAGAGCCAAAUGACUGACGCUUCAGAGAAAACCAACAAACAGACGACCACCUCGCCUGACAUCUGGACUGAGAUGAAGGAGCUGAGAGACAUGGUGCACAACCUGGGAACCACUGUGGUGGAGCAGAGCGAGAAGCUGAGGAACAUGGAGGUCAGAGUGACAGCCAGUGAGGCAGAGGAGCAGAGAAACACAGUGACCGAUCUUAGGGUGGCACUGAUGCUCACCAAGAAUAAAGUGGAGGAAGUGGAGAAAGAGAAUGCAGACCUGACUGCUGGAUUGAGUGGCAGUAAGAGCCAGGUGGAGGAGCUUCAGACAAAGAAUGCAGCCCAAGCUGCUGAACUAUCAGCCAUGGGGGACAGAGUGACAGCCAGUGAGGCUGAGAAUGCAGCCCUGGAGACCAGACUGAGUGCUAGUGAGAGCCAGGUGGAGGAGCUGAAGAGAGCAACUGCAGACAGGCCAAAGGUGGCCUUCUCUGCUGGUUUGACUGAUUCAGGAACUGUUGGACCCUUUGUUGCUGAAACCACACUGGUAUACACCAAAAUCUUCUCAAACAUUGGCAAGGCCUACAACCCAGCUACAGGUGUCUUCACAGCACCAGUGAGAGGACUCUACUACAUUAGCUUCACUGCCAUGAGUGUCCAGACCUCGUUUUACUUUUAUGCAUACAUGUAUAAGAAUGGACAGAAAAUCAUGUAUAGUCAGGGAUAUAAUGCUGGCGGUUAUGAGACACUGUCUAAUGGAGUCAGUCUAGAGCUGGAGGAGGGAGACGUGGUGUACAUGCGCAUCCCUGCAAGCAACCGGCUCUAUGAUAACUCAAAUAAUCACAACAUCUUCAGUGGCUUCCUGCUCUUCACAGUGUGAGAACAUCAUGGACGCUGUAAUGGUCUCUAGUAAAGUGUCUGUAUGUCAGGGCCUCUUGGAGCCAAAAUGACUCCCGUAUUAAUAAAUGCAUCAUUAAAAGCA